AUGGGAAGAGGGAAGAACCGAGCUGACGGACGACCAUGGCGCCAACAAGGAACGCAAGGGCGCCAAGCCAACCAGGGAGGCGGACAGCCUGGGGAAAAUGGGCAGUCCCGAUCCUGGGCCUUUUGGUCUGGUACGUGGAAGUCUUCGCCCCGGCAGAGUUCGAAGUCCGAGAAGGUGUCGUUCCCGGCGUACGACGCCGGUUGGAAGCAGUCUGCGGAACUUAUGGAGGUAAGUUCGUCCGCAACCAGUGCUGGAGGGACGGCCCGUGGAGGCAUCGUCCAAGACGUUCAAGCUGCAAUCAACCAGGCCCGGAAAGUGGAGCAGCGACUACACCAACUACAGCAAGAAUCCCUGAAAAAAGGGAACGCAUGGGACACAUGGGUUCGCGAGAUGCGAUCCACCUAUGCACGAGAGCUGGAAAGGCACCGGGCAGAGCAAAAACGCCUGGCUACGGAUAUCAGAGAACUAGAGGAGAUGACUCACGCAGCCUACGUCAACGUACAACAAGCUGCUAUGCACCAAAAGGCAGUCGAGAGGAUCGAGCCCCCACCCUUGGAGUGGGAAGAGGCCAUGGAGAUCGACGACGAUCUCACCGAAGAGCAAACCAGGAACUGGGGCUCCUCCCCGUUCUCCGACUCCGGGAGCCGUAUGGCCGGGACGGAAAGGGAUGCGCUUGCUGUGUCCGACGCUUACCCGACGCCGCCGGGACUGGCGGAUGCAGUGGUAAGGGCCCAUGCUGCCAACGCCUUGGAUCCGAGAGCCAUGCCGAAUGCUCCUUCGCAGGGGCAAAGUGCCCUUGCAGCCAAGCUCUCUGACAAGCGCAGGGCCUGUCGCCAGGCUAUGGCGCCCUUUGGUUUGGGCAGAUUAAGUCCCGAUGCCACUGUGGAGCCGCCGGCUGCGCCUUCCGAUGCUCGACCGUCGGAACCCAGGCAGGGCAUCAUCCACGACGACCCCGACGAGCUCGUGGCUUCAGGGCUUCCUGGGGAUCAUUCGCCAGGACUGGGCAAGUUGGAGUAA